CAACUUUCCUUUGACAGUUAGGUUCAAUAAUAUAAUUUUAAUAAUUAAAAUUUAAUAAUUAAAGAUUUACUAAGAUAAUUCACACUUCUAAAAUGACGUUGGAAGUAAAAAAUUGGACAUCAGAGUAUUAUGUAACAAAUCAAUCAUCCUGUGAGCAGAUUUUAGAAAAUCCAAAUGUAUUGAGUGAAAUACCUUUGCUGAAUAAUACUCAAGCACAUGAUAUCAGAGAUAAACAGCUAGUUAGAUUCCGAGGGAUGAUUCAGGAUAUGUAUGAUCCUGAAUAUUAUUUUAAACAUUAUGAAGUGAAGGACAUGAAGACUGACGAAAGUGAUAUUAGAUGCGGAAUGUACACAGAUGCAGCUCGAUGUUUGCCGCAUGAAGAAAUACCUUUUGAUUCCAACAAGAAUGAAAACUCAGAAAGACAAACCUAUAUUGUAAUCUCUAUACCUGGCUUAAACAAUUGGGCGAAAGAAAAGAGUACAAAUAUACAGAAGUCUGAUACAAUGGCACACAACAGUAAUAACAGUAAAAGAAGUUUGGAUGAAAAUGAUGUAGAGGAAAUGGAUUGCUCGGAACCUGUUACAAAGAAAGAAAAAACUUCAUCAGACACUGAUGUAGAUAUGAAUACAGAUUCUAGCACUAAAACUCAGGGUAUACUUUCCGAAGAACACAUAUUAAAUUUUCCUAUUCCGAUUGAUGGAGGAAAAGCUUGCAUUGUAAAGAUUUAUGACGGGACCAUUUUGAAACUAAACCAAGUUAUCGAUGUAAUAGGAUUUAUCUCAUUGGAUCCAAUGUUAAGUACAGUUCGCGCCUCAGAAGAUGAGAUGAACGAAGCUGAAGUGAAUACUCACAAUCCACCGGCUUCUCUGGUGCCUCGGUUACAUGCAGUGAAGAUAAUCGAACUUACAAAACCUGAGAUUCCAAAUGCUCCAGAAAUCAUAUCUAAAGCACAACUCAUCAGAGACGAUUUGCACUUAAUAUUAACUCAGUUGUUGUUUGGAGAUCAUUUAGCUGCAAAUUACUUAAUAUGCAACUUACUUUCUAGGAUAUACAUGAGACGAGAUUAUUUUUGUCUCGGCACAUUUCCGUUGAACAUCACAAAUUUCCCAGCCAGUAAAAUGAAGACUUUUCCAAAAGAGUUUUAUAACUUUUUGUCACUAUUUGUACAGAAAAGCCACUUUUUCGAGGUGACUUUGGAGAAUUUGAACGAAUUAGCUUUAAUUCCAAAGAAGGAUUAUGAAUGCAACAGACUGACAAGUGGUCUUCUCCAACUAAGCGAUAAUACACAUCUUGUGAUAGAUGAGACAGGUUUAACCACUGGGGAGCUUACAGUGACUGGCAAGGAGAACUAUAAAGCCCUUUCUGAUGUACUUAUUUUUCAAAAACUGAUAUACGACUUCAAGUAUUAUACAAUGGAAUAUGAAACAGAUAUUCCAAUUUUGAUCUUUUCUGAUGUAAAAUCAUUUAUCCCUUGCCCCAUGCAAGUUAUCUUAAAUGUUGAUGCAGAGUCGGAAAAUUUAUACGAUCAGGUAGUAGAAGCUGCUCAUCAAUAUUUAAAGGAUGAGAAUCGAUUGACGAAUAUUCGACAAUAUUUGCAAGCCUUGAGGCAUACGGAAUUUAUUUUUAACGAAGAAAUCACGAAGGUCAUCCAAGAUGAUUUCGUGGAGAUGCGAAGUGCAAACAAGAAUAUAGGUGCUGAUAAUCUGCAUGCAUUGAUGGUGUUCGCUAGACUAAUGUCUUUAUCUUUUGGAAAAACGGCACUAGAUACAGAAUGCUGGAAGAAAACUGUACAAUUGGAAAUGGAGAGAAUGAGUAGACUGCCGCAACGGGGAAGAUAGUUAUUAGCUUCGGGAACUUGGAAGAAACAAUCAUAAUAUCAAAUAUAUAUAUAUAUAUAUUAAUUUGAACUGUACUAA